UUGCCUUACCAUAAACUGGUCAGAGAUUGUUUGAAUUUUGCAGAACAAGUUUAACUUGUUCUUUGUGGGUGGCUCAGUCAUUUGCUCUUAAAGUCUCCUCAGCUGUCGAAAAGGAAGCACUCUAUUAAUAGAGUUCAAAAUAUCCACACCACUUCUAUCCUCAGCUCGACGUAUUGAAAGGGGUGAAUUUGUAGAAUGGAUAAGUAUGUGACUGAAGCAGAGGCCAGGUCAAUAUUUAAGAACAUGUUGAAAAGCUGGUUGAAGUUAAGAGGAGUAAAGAAGCCUAAAACAAUGAGAUUCAUUGGAUCAGGAAUACGGCUGGUCAGAGAAAUUGAAGGUUGCCAGUAAACCUGCAACCUUUAGUUGUUUGAAAUGAAACCAUCCAAAAGGCUUCUGAUCCUCAUCUUCGUGAUUAUUUUCACUGUUCUGAUUGCUGCAGGAGUUGUAGCUACUGUUUUAGGAGUUCUUCUGACACGAUCUUCCACUUCAAGUGAUAGCUUCUUUACAGGAGAUUUCAGAAUAUUAAACAUUAAUUACAAUGAUGCUUUGUCAACGACUGGUUCCGCUGAAUUCUCACAAUUAGCGAAUGAAAUUCAAACAGAAAUAAAAAAUGUGUAUUCAAGUUCAAAGUUGUCUACACAGUUCGACAAUUCACAAGUUGUAGAAUUCAGGCCAGGCAGUGUUUUUGUAACACUUUUACUACAGUUCAAGAGAAAUGGAAGCACCUCUUUAACAGCAGAAACAGUCAAAAAUACAUUCCAGCAGAGCCUGACGCAAGUCAGUAUGUCCAGUCAAUCUGGUGCCUUGAAUGGUUUCAGCACAGACUUGACAUCUAUUCGGUUCACUGAAAUCAGUCAGGCGGAUGCAAAAGCUCUUCUCACCAGUGUUUCUACAACAGAAAUCAUUACAUCAAAUCCAAGUACCACGGAUGCCACAGACUCUCCUACCACAUAUGCAGUUACAACACCCACCACUGAAAUCGUAACUUCUACAACCAGAAACGACAGCUCAACUUCAACCUGUGGCUCCAGACCUGCAUUCUUCAAUAGGAUUGUUGGUGGGACAAACUCUGUGAAUGGUGAAUGGCCUUGGCAGGUUAGCCUUCAAAUCAGAUCACACAUCUGUGGUGCCUCUAUCAUCUCUGACAGAUGGCUCAUCUCUGCAGCUCACUGUUUUCGGGAUUCAGGAAGCAACCCAUCAAUAUGGACAGCAUUGAUUGGAACAAUUGAUGUAAGAAGAGGUACUGUCCAAACUAUUGAAACAAUUAUCAUCCAUCCACUGUACCGACAAACCUCAAAUGAUUAUGACAUUGCAGUGCUGAAACUUUCAUCCCCUCUGAUCUUUGAGGCUAACAUCCAGCCAAUUUGCCUUCCAUCAAGUGACCGUGUCUUCAAUGCUGGGGACAGCUGCACAAUCACAGGAUGGGGGGCUCUUGAAUUUGAAGGCUCACUACCACGAAUCCUUCAAAAAGCAAAUGUGGACAUCAUCGACGACAACACAUGCAAGAACAUCUAUUCACAAUUUACUGAAAGAAUGCUGUGUGCUGGCUUCUUAUCAGGAGGAGUUGAUUCCUGUCAGGGUGACUCUGGAGGUCCAUUAGCCUGUAUGCAACCUGAUGGAAAGUGGUUUCUUGCUGGAAUCGUGAGCUUUGGUUUUCAAUGUGCCAGACCUGGUUUCCCAGGAGUCUAUGCCCGGGUAACAGCUCUGCGAGACUGGGUGCAGGAGCAGACUGGAGUAUAAAUGGUUCCAAUGAGAAAUGGUCCAAUUUGUACUGUUCCUGGAUUAAUGAACAUUCUCCAUUUAUGAAUUAUAAGUUGAUUCCUAUUCACUAUUUAUUAUUGUGCAGUGAUGCCCCACUGCUGCAUUAUCAGAAAACAAUGUGAUUUUACUUUUUAGACCUGUGUUUUCAAAUUUGGAUGGGACUUUACCGUGACUUAGAGGAAUGGGGGAGCAGGAAAAGUCAUGAAGAGUUGUAUCAGGAGGGCUUCCCAACACAAUCUACAGCCAGGGAAAACUCCCAGUGACAGGACCAGCUGGACCGUGUGCGGGAUCAGCUGGACUGUGUGUGGCUAGCCAAUUAAAAUUCAUACAGACACGAUUAAAACACAUUCCAGGAGGAGCAGCCACUCCAAAUGCCCAAAGGAAGUCUGCAAAGGGUGAGUUUCAUAAAGGCAUCCUCCAUGCAAUGUCCCAGAGGAUCAUCAGAGCUGGAGGUUGGGGUGUUUUGGUCACAUGCAACAAAUAUGUCCGCCCAGCUCAAAUCAACCAUCCGGCAGAGCACGCCUGUUAAUCUCAUCAGAAUUUUAACUUAAACCUUACCUUUCCAAAGCCUCACAAUCUCUGGAGUUGUCUCAACAAUGCCCACUUUGCCAAGUGAGCUCAGAACGAGCCAGCAGGAAUGAGAAGCUGCCUUUAUGAAUGACGCCUGGGGGAGCCAAACAGGAGACUGCCUCCUGGAAAGAGGCUGAGCCAAGCUCUCUGUUGGCUCGUGCUGGGCUCUGGAUCCACGCCCAACCCAUCCUGACAGCUGGGUGAGGAUCCAAAAUCCCAUGGCAAAAUCCUGCCUGUUACUUUUGAGUGAUGUGAAAACGUGUCAGUGAGGCAUUUAUAACCCCAAUAAUCUUUUUCACAAGUAGACAUUUUUGCUCAUGGUCUUCAAUUCCUGGGCUUUUUGUUUUUGUGGAUACUAGUAAAUUAGAGACUGAGGUUAUGUUUAAAAUGAGCUCUAAAUCAAUGAGUGAUACUUGAGAGUGACAUUUCUCAGCCCUCGUGAUUAGUUUGUGUUCAUCUUGUGCACUCCCCAACUCCUUCACCACAAAGUUCAGUGGUUGAACCUUCAGCUGCCUGGGGCAAUAACUACAGAAGUCCCACCCCAAACGAAGGAUGUUCAGAACAUUUAAAUGCAGCUCAACAGUUGUCAUCCUCAACCUUUGCACAAGUGUAUGUCAUCAUUAUGGGUUAGAGUUUGUAAUCUCCCACCAGUGUACGUGAAUACAGAAAGGAGUGAGGGGCAUGUUAAAUCCAGCGUCUGACCUGUCCCUGCCUACCCCACCCACCUUGAUUUUAACAGUGACAGAGAUGGUACUGGGUACCCUGCUGUCUAACAGUGAGCCACCACAGGCCCUUCACUGGGGAACCAAUACCAGCUCAAUAGUUUCAUCCUGCCACCAUGGAGAUUGAACCAGAAGCUUUUCCUGCAUAUAGGCUCAUGGGGCACGGGAAGGAGGUCCAUCCUUAAUGUGCUCCCCAGGGCUCAUCAAGCCAGCCCUCCUAAGGAGACAACAUGCCACUCACCCCGCCCGCAUCCCUCUGACUUCCUGUCACUUCAUUAUGUCCUUUCAAACACUGGUUUAGAAAGCUUUGAUCUGUUCCCACCUUCCAACCUUAACAGUUAAUUUGUUGCACGAUGCCUGUUCUUCUGCCAAGAUCACACGCCUCAGAGAACUAAACAUGCCAAUGUCUAAUCCAAUUCAUUCUGCUACAAGUGGCUGAUGAGCUGACCUUCCUUCCCUCCUCCUGUUGCACUGCCUGCACCUUUUAAGUAUACAGGUCGUUCUGCUAUAACGCGUGUUUCAUUCAUGCGAGAAAGCUGUAACGCGAUUGACAAAUUCGAGACACUGUUUCUAAAGCACAAACUUUUAAAACAUGUGUUGGCUGUAACAUGAUUGCAUCGCCAAUGCUUUAAGCGCUGUUCCUAAAGUGCAAUUUCUCUGUAAUGUAGGGUUGCACAAGAACGUAACCAUUGUGUUAUAGGAGAACUACCUGUCAAGCAAAAUUGAACAAAAACAGAUAUUGCUGGAAAAACUCAUCAUGUCUGGUAGCAUAUGUGUAAAGAAAGCAGAGUUAUCUUUUCAAGUCCAGUGACUCUUCAUCAGAAUCACUUUGAAUCUCAGGGAAAGUUGCACAGUACUCUUGUAGUUAUUUUAUCACUGCUCUCAAUGGUAUGUAAAAAUGCAAGAAAAAUAAUAUUAUCUAUGAAUAAAAAGAUACGGUGGCAAUAUGCAAAAUCAA